GUCUAAAACAGUUGUGGGAAAACCCUGGCAGGGAAAUAUUUGGUCAGGAAAAGUGACUGAUUAUUUUCCCUGAAGACGAAAUCAACUACAGAAGUUGACGUCAGAUCUAUAAUUUAUUAACUAUAUAUUUUAUUUUUAUGUUUUGAGAGUGUUAGCUAGUGUUCUCUAUCCUUGUUGUGGUUAACUUGAGUCCUUGUCGGCAAGAUGUUGGAUUUCUUCGCCAUCUUCAGUAAAGGGGGUAUAGUGUUGUGGUGUUUUCAGGGAGCUGGGGUUGCGGAGUCUUUUGCUGGACCUGUUAACGCUCUCAUCCGAUCUGUCAUCCUACAGGAGCGCAGUGGAAACAACUCCUUCAAUCACAAUGCGUUGACUCUAAAAUACAAGCUGGACAACGAGUUUGAGCUUGUGUUUGUGGUGGGUUUUCAAAAAAUCCUCGUGUUGACCUAUGUGGACAAGUUAAUAGACGAUAUCCAACUGCAAUUCAGGGAUCGUUAUAAGAAUGAACUCGAGCAAAAGGGUGCCAUCAAAUAUUUGAUCAACGAUUUUGAAUUUGGAGAUGAUUUUCAACAGCUUCUCCGCGAGGCAGAGGAGAGCAGCAGGAUGAAGGACCCAAAGGUCAUGAAGACCUUCUCGCAGUCUAUGAAGUCCCAGAAAACUGUGAAGUCCAUGAUCGAGACGAAGGGCGGAGACAAGGGCAAGGAGCAGGGUGGCAAGAAGAAUAAAAAUGCCAAAAAAGAAGUAGCAGAGGAAGCUGCAGGGGCGGCACCAAGCAAGUCCCCGCCCGCUUCCAAGAAGGCGGUUGUCAACGGCAACCAGGAGCUGACUAAAGAGGAGAUCCUUCAGAGGAACCGGGAGGAGAUGUUCCGCAGGGCGGCGGCCAAGAGUGGCGGGGCCACCAGGUCCCCCAAGCCUCUGAAGGAGAAGGAGAAGAUCAAGAAGGCCAAGGUGAACCGCGUGUGGGACAACUGCGGCACCAACACCAGGGAGCUGGACCACAGCAAGACCAACGGCUCCCAGGACGCAGGCGACCUGGCCAGGGAGCACGCUGAACCGGAAAUGCAGCUGGAAUCCAUGGUUGGUGACUUGCGGGACGUGGAUUAUGAGUCCAGCGAACCGGAGGAAGAAGAAGAAGAGGAGGAAGAGGAGGAGAGGGUGGUUGUCACUGAAGCCAAGAAAGGGGCCAAGCGUGGCGGCUUCGGCGGGAUGUUCGGGAUGCUCAAGGGCCUGGUGGGCUCCAAGAGCCUGAGCCAAGAGGACAUGGAGCCGGUCCUGGACAAGAUGAAGGACCACCUCAUCGCUAAGAAUGUAGCAGCUGACAUUGCCGCCCAGCUGUGUGACUCAGUGGCUAAGAAGCUGGAGGGAAAAGUCAUGGGCACUUUCACCACUGUGGCCUCGACCGUAAAGCAGGCUCUGCAGGAGUCUCUGGUGCAGAUCCUGCAGCCCAAGCGGCGCGUGGACAUCCUGAGGGACGUGCUGGAGGCGCGCUCCCAGCGCAAGCCCUUCGUCAUCACCUUCUGCGGCGUCAACGGCGUGGGCAAGUCCACCAACCUCGCCAAGAUCUCGUACUGGCUGAUCGAGAACGGCUUCAGCGUGCUGAUCGCGGCGUGCGACACGUUCCGAGCGGGCGCCGUGGAGCAGCUGCGGACCCACCAGCGGCGCCUCAACUCGCUGCACCCGCCCGAGAAGCACGGGGGCCGCCCCGCCGUACAGCUCUUCGAGAAGGGCUACGGCAAGGACGCCGCCGGCAUCGCCAUGGAGGCCAUCGCCUUUGCUCGUAACCAGGUCUUUGACGUGGUGCUGGUGGACACGGCGGGGCGCAUGCAGGACAACGCUCCGCUGAUGACCGCGCUGGCCAAGCUCAUCGCCGUCAACACGCCCGACCUGGUGCUGUUCGUGGGCGAGGCGCUGGUGGGCAACGAGGCCGUGGACCAGCUGGUGAAGUUUAAUCAGGCGCUGGCUGACCACUCCAUGUCCGAUAGGCCCCGCCUUAUCGAUGGCAUCGUCCUCACCAAGUUCGACACCAUUGAUGACAAGGUGGGCGCCGCCAUCUCCAUGACCUACAUCACCGGUCAGCCAAUCGUGUUCGUGGGCACCGGCCAGACCUACCACGACCUGCGCAGCCUCAACGCCCGCGCCGUGGUCAGCGCCCUCAUGAAGGCCUAAGAGACGCCCACUGCCCAAGCAGGACACCCAACCACCCCCCCCAUCCUCUGGUCCGUCCCUGGUGCCCCAAAACCAGGUCUUGGAGGGCCACCAUGUGUAGAGGAUUUCUCAGUUUCUCCUGAGUCAAGCCAACCACCUGAUUUAAACUGAUUUAUCCAAUCAUGAUCUUAAGAGUACCAUGUGUACCAAUGACAGCGUGAAUACCAUUAAGUGAUGUUUGACAUUCUCCCUCCAACAAAGAACGUCUGGAUGUAGAAAUGAUUGCAUAGCUUUGAUUAUUUUUGAUUUUAUUCCCUCUUACUUGUAGUAUCAAAAUGUAAUUGGAAAGUCUUAAUUUGUUUAAUUUGUUGCUUAGUUUGUCCAGACAACUAGUCCAUUAGAAUAGGUGAGAGUCCUCAUUUAGAUCUUGAAUUUGAAAACAUGGUGGCCCCCCGGCCCCCCCACCCCUCCCCCAUCUUCCUCCUGCAAGAUUUAGUCCCUGAUACUCAAUGACUGAACCCACCCCACCCCUAAUCCUACUUUAAACCAACCAAACAAACCAACCAAACCUACCAACAAAACAAAACCACCCAACCCACCGGCCGCAGUCCUGAUGGUGGCCAGUGUGAGGUGCUGUGCCCUGCCCAGAGGCCAGUCUUCUCCAUCUGUCUGGCGCCCCGUGUCAUCGCUCAGACGCUUCUCAUGCAUAGCAGCUUUCACCCAGCCGCCAUGGAGGAGGAUGGGGGCAUGAGGACUUUCAGCAAGCAACCGUCUCUCUCUCUCUUUCUCUCUCUCUCUCUCUCACACACACACACACACCCUUUUGUUUCCCUCCCUCCUGGUUAUGAUGUGGGGCCAAAAAAGUAUAUGUGCCGUUUUGAUAGCUCUUUAUGAACAAAAAAUACAAAAGAUUGCAUAAAACAUAAAUACCUGGAUAUAUAUAUCAUAUAUAUAUAUAUAUAUAUAUAAAACCCAAACAAACAAACAAAUAAAAUAAAGGGUAAUAUAUUCCUAAUUUUAUUUUGUUUAUCUUGUCUGAGUUAUUUGGAUAAUAGCAUGAAGUCAAUGUGCUACUGGCCUCGGUAUACAACCAAGCAAAAAACUAUUCAGAUGUAACAAGAACGCACAUUUUGGUUAAAGGGACACUUCACCGAUUAGCAUUUAAGCUUUGUAUCUUUAGAAAACCAGUCAUGUUUUUGAAUGGUCGUGCAUCAUUCCCUCAGUUUGCCUUGAGAUGGGAGAAAUACGGAUUUCAAUGAAACCCAUGAAUAGGACUUCCUGCUUUCAAUGAUGUAAAAUGAUGAUUUUUACAUCAUUGAAAGCAGGAAGUCCAACAUUG